AUGGGGGCACGACAACGCGCUCAGGCGCGAGGGAAGAGAGCAAAUGGCGGUCCGAGAGGCCCCCCAUGGGCGUCGGGUCAGGCCAGUCCAUCUGUCAAGGCUUCAGCCCCGUUCACGAAACAGCGAGGUCACGUUCGAGAUUGGCAAGAUAUCUCCGACUCGGGUUCGCCGCACGCUGGGAAUGGCCUGUUCAGCAUGAGUCAAGAGGCUCGAAACACUGAGCGUCACACGAUGGGCUGGGGACCGACUAGGCUGAGAGAGAAGGCCAUUAGUUUUGUCAGUGCUGGCACCCUCGUUCGGAAUGACCCGGCCACCACACAGGAGGAAGAAGAUGCAGAAAAGGAAACAGAUGGUGAGCCUGGAGUACAUACUCCUGAGCAGGAUUCUGCAGAUCCAGAAUCGGCAGAACCGAUCGAAGAUCCUACCGUCCAUGCCAGUCGAGAAGAUCAUGCCACCCCUCAAGUUCUUCAGUCUGCAGAGUUCUCGGCUGCAUCUCGACCUUUGUCCAGGAAGAACUCGGCGUCCUCGUACUCUUCGGAGGAGAUAGUCUUCUGUGGUCGGUCGAAUCCUGUGGCGAGGCCCAAAGCCAGAGCAAGCACACCGAAGUCCGCGCCGAUUCGCCCUGAGCAGACCAUUCCUAUCCGCCCUGCGAAACCGGAAUCGAUACCGAAUGUCACUGUGCCCGCGUCCUCCGACGCAGACAACAAAGCGACCACCUCACCUCACCAAGUCUCUGCACGUGCAGGCUAUCCCCGAGGAGCUCGCCCCCAUAAUAAGCCCCUUAAUCGUCACGAGAGAGCGCGACUCCGGAAUAAACGUGAGAGAGAGGAGGAAGAGGCCCUCAUGAGAGACUACAUUGAAAAUCUAGCAGUCGAUGAUGACAGCGAUGAGGAUGGCGAUGGCGGCAAUGAAGAUGGCGAUGCAGUGAAUGUCGGCAGAAGCAACGAACAUCACCGGUUCUUCGACGGCUCUGCUGACGCCAAUCAGAAAGUGCAUACGACUUCGAGCAAGACUGCCAUCAAGGCAGCUGUUGGCCAGGCCAUCGACUGGGAUUCUGCGGACCUGGAGGACUUUGAUGAGUUGAGCACCACCGAUGAGGAGGUUGUUGAGAUUACUCAAGUGCUAAGGCGUCGAGUCCGUCCCAGCGGUGCACAGUACCUUGUCACUGCAAGUGGCCAGGAUAAAAAUGAAGCUCGCUGGGUGUUGCAGGGCAAACUCAAGUCGGCUUCCGCUCUGAAGGAGAUCCGCAUCUUUGAGGAGAUUUGCUCAAUGAACAUUCAAGAAGAUACAGAGACUUCAGGCACCGACAAUUCCGACACGGAAUCGGAGAGUGACGAGGCUCUCGAAGAUCUGGUCAACGAAAUCGAGUCCGAGGAUGCCGAGAAUGCGCAAAUACUGAAACAUACUUCUCGUAUGAGUGACGAGCAGAUCGCCAGGGCGCUGGCCAAGCAAGAAGAACUUGGAAUGGGAGGUGAUGAAUUGGUGCUCUUCGACGGAGAGUUUGACGAUGACGAUGACGAUGAGAUUGACGACGACUUCGCCGCCGAUCAGGACUUCAUCCCCUUCUCAACAAAGGCACAUCUUUCCAACCGUGGCAAGUCGAAGCGCAACCGACGACAGCGAGACACGUUUCCACCUGCUGAGGCGUUUGCCGACGCUCUUGACCAGGAUCCAUAUGGUGCAUUUGACAUAAUGGAUUUCGAUCGACCGAGUCUCCGACCUAAGAAGAAGGGACGCAAGUCAGACUUCCCAUUCGACCUUGGACUGGACGACGAGGAGUUGGCCGAGCACUUGCGAAGUACGUGGAGUAAAGAUCGGGAUAAGAAGGCUGCUAGAAAACGCGAAAGGCAAGAGGCACGUGAGGCUGCGCUGCUCGACGCUUCUGAGCGCAACAGCCCAACGGCGAUCAAGGCCGAGAUCAGACGGUUCCUGAUCCAGGAAACCGAUUCUCUCGCAUUGGCUCCCAUGGAUUCAGCAACCAGGGCUUCGGUCCAUCGGCUCGCCAAGGCUUUGAGGUUGAAGUCACGUUCGGAAGGCAAGGAAGGUCGUGGUAUCGGCAGGUAUCCUGUCCUAACCAAGGGCCCUCAGACUCCACGGUUUACCAUCGACACUAUCUGGGAGAUCGAUGCUCUCAUGGAUAUGAAGAAAUUCUUCCCCAGGCAUGGUGGAGGCUCUUACCGUGGUCCCAAUGCUGCCCGUGGCGCCGGUGCUAUGGGGGCUCGCCGAGGCGGCGGCGGUGCAAUCUCAGGUGCCAGUUACAUGAACGGCGAGGUUGUGGGCGGCUCUGCGCCUGAGCUCGGUGCUGACAACAAAGGCCGGGCCAUACUGGAGAAGAUGGGCUGGACAAGUGGCAUGGGCAUUGGAGCUGUCGGCAAUGAGGGUGGUUUGGAGGCCAUCAAGCAUGUUGUCAAGACGACCCGGGCUGGACUGGGCUAA